GUGCAGCUGGAAAGCACCCGUUCCCCACAACAAUCCGCGUAACUUUGAGCUCUGGCUUCGUCUUCUGUCUAAGGCGUGAUCAGUGUGAGGUGUGGUCUGAGUUUCAAAAUCGAGUGAAUUGUGUUGUCGAAGAGUACCAGACUUCUCCCAUCACCUUUAUAAAUUGGGUAUAUAAGCUCCAGAAAGAUGGGAGUGUUAUUGAAGGAAUCCGUUGGCCAUCCAUCUUGCAGUCUCAUUGCAGCAGCGAGCCAUUGUCAGUCCUUGUUUUCUUUGAAGCUGCUCGAUCAGAUCAGAAACUACCAGCCAUGAUCUCACUAGAAGGGAAAUAUGUUUGGAACUCCGCAGCGAAUGACCACCCAGAGUACCCCAGGGCCAGUUUGGAAAUCCUUAGCCCGCAAACACUGGAUGAGUACAGAAUACCUUAUUACUGGGACAAUCCGAAGCCUGGGAGACAUUAUUAUUGCACAAAAUCUUACUGAACUCGACCUAAAGAUACUUUACGAACAUACCGAGCGACUACGUGCCAUGGAAAAAACUGAUAUAUUAAUUCAACGGCCCGAAACUGUCGAGGAUCCAUACUACAUUCCACCAUUAUAUGUCCUCGAGGCUGCAAAAUCUCAGGCCGAGGUUGAAGAAACCGAACCGGAGAGCCAUCAUAUAGGUCAGGGAGAAGGCAUACCCAAAGCCUCAGCAGGAGUCAAGCAGCCCAUAUUCAAGUGGCCGAUCAAGGAAAAUAUCGACGAUAAGUCAGUUGAUGGCUCUCCGCACGCAAUCAGAACUGAGGUAUCUUCAGAACACAAACCAAUGCCGAAGCAGCAAAUGAAAGCUUUACUGGCGCAUUUGCACUAUAAACUUAUCCAUAUUUCAGGCCCGUUCGUUGCACAACAGUACAAUAACCUGCCAUUGAAAACGAAGUUAGACGUGGAGAAGGAGAUUACCAACCUGCGUGAGCACCACCAUCUUAAUAAGCACAUAUAUAUUCUCCUGGCUUCCUUUGUACGCCACUUGGACCACGUCCUGGGGUGUUUCAUUGACGAAGACUAUGAUUGUAUCGUUAAAGGGAAGGUUUGGGCAGCAACGCACGCUUUAAUUCAGACAUUCAAGUCUCCUUACAAGGAUUUCUUCUCAUUUCAUUGCAGCGUCUUUGCCAUUCCGCUUCAUACCAUCACAGAUCGGAUCCAGAAACUACGUGAUGGAUUAUUUGGCGCCGAGCAAUUCUAUAUCCCACGUUCCUUAGAGAAGGUGUUCCUUGAGACUGUGCUACUUCUUGUAAAUACAUCUCAAGAGGCCUCCAGGCUUAUGUGCAAAAUCGACCAAGAAGGUGGUGACAGCAGUUCAAUGCCGUCUAGCCCUGUAAACGAAGAGCCGCCAGAUCAACAAUCGACUUCGGCUCCAUCGCAAACAGGGACGGUUCCUUUCCAAGAGCGGGGGACACAGACAGAGUCAUUUCGUGUGGAUGUCGAGGAAGAAGACACCCAGGACAGUGAAGGCAACCGCUCUACAAAAUCUACACCUUCGACGAGCAGCCUACGACUUCAUAAUCCCGAAAAGGCUUUUUUGAGAGAAAUGUGCCUCCAGGUCAAUCUAAUUCUUGGGUAUCUCGAUGGCGCACAAGCCGAAUGCUGCGCAAUGUUCAGCCUAAAAAACGAAGAAGAACCUUUCUAUAACGGGAUAGACCGUGGAAAGAUUAUCGCUCUUGUGCUGCAGUCCGUGCUGCAGGGCCAUUCAACAUGUGAAUCCAUACCAAAAUUGGAUAUUGAAGAGAUCUAUGCGACAUACACCACUCACUUGCAACUCAAAGCACGGAGUACACCUAGCAAAAGCUUACUCGUGGACGUGAACCUACUACGCGAAGAGCUGGCGAUAAUCAUCGAGAAUAUCUCUAGUCAGCUGUCCGUAAUAAAAGGCCUAUGCAAGUCCAGGUAUGUCUCUCUUAAGUAUGGUGGAAGUGACACAGGGUCCGAUUCUGAGAGCGAUAUGACGCUAUUCGAAUUGCUGUUUUCUGCUACUUUUGAUGGCGAUGCAGUGCCUAACGUGUCGACUCGGAACACCCUCAAAGAAAUAAAAAACGACCUACAGGAUAGACUGGAUGUAUUCAAGGAGUUAAUGCAGCGCACGAAGGAUCUAGAAAAACAGAUAUGCCAACGCGUAGAGAUCAUCCAAGAAGACCAUGGAAAAGCGAUCCUCGUCUUCACCAUUGUCGCAACAAUCUUCCUACCCCUCUCGUUUGUCUCGAGCUACCUCGGCAUGAACACAGCGGAUAUCCGAGACAUGGAACCAAGUCAAGCGCUUUUUUGGGAGGUAGCUGCUCCGUUCACGGCUGCUGUGGUGGUUGCUGUCCUCAUGGUUGUAUACAACGUGAAUCGUAUUAUAGGAUGGAUACCUAGGGCGACUGGCACUACAUAGCAUUCUUCUAGCCACACAACGAUGGUGUUAGGAAGGGGAAUACAAUGCAUCUUAUAUUACAUAGUGAGGUGUUUGGCUAUGGGCGUAGGAAAUAACGUCCCAUCUCAAAUUAAAGUCCAUGAUCUCCAUACUAUUGCUCCCUUAGACUGAAAAUAAUAUUAACAGCUUGGGUGAGCUCAUGUCAGAAUUAGAAACUUGCCACUUUAGCGACUGUAUUCGAUCGUCAAGAUGUCCGAGCAUUUGCUAUUAAGAAGAGAGCGACACAACCUGAGUGCCA